UGGAAUUUUAGGAAUGUUGCUGUUAAGUCUGAAGGCCCAGCAGUGACCUUGAAAAUAACUAGCACAAAUAAAAGAGAAUAUUCUAUUGAUUUGACACUUGCCAUCAAGGAGAAAACCUGGCCAGAAGAUGCUGAAGAAUGGACAACAAGGUGCAGAAAUGGUAAUAUCACUUUUGACACCUUAACUUACUGAGUGGCCAUUUUAAAAGAAGUCAAUUUCAUGAGCCAAAGUUUAAGAAUCAGAAAAGCUUUAUAUACCAAUUGUUUGUCAUCUGCUGGCACUGAUUUCUGUCAAUUUGUCAACCAUUCAAAAUGA